UAGCAACAGCGAAAUGGAAAAAAGUUUUGCGGCUUAGCGGUUUGGGGGAUAAGCGUUGGUUUCACUUCAGCACGCCGCACAGACGUUCCCAGUUGCUCGACGUAGACAUUACGCUUUUUCGAAAGACGCGGAGAACGUUCGAUUCUUAAAAGUUUUUCAGAUUUGUGUUGACUACAUCAUAUUUAUUCAUUACUAUUUCUAUCUACUUUGACCGGAUUAACAGUGGAGUACAAUCGAAAGUGAGCAUGCAGUUUUAUACUUAGAAAACAAAAUUCAGAAUAAAGCAGAAAACACAAAAGAACCUGCCAGGAAACAGCUGUAUUUGGAUAACAGUUCUUCGAAAUGUAAAUCUGAAACUCUUUGUUAUUAAACAGGUGUAAAUAAACUAUUAAAGAUUGUGAGUUGACAUACAAAGUGCGAACAGGACGUGAUUUAUGAAAUACAAAGUUAAAAAAAAAAACAAUUAAAAAUUCUUUUUUAAACUUUCACUCUUCAAAAUUGUGUAAAAAGCAUAAAACAGAUGUGCUAAAUAUAAAUCUGAACAAAAUUUUCUAAGGAAAAUCAAAAAAUGUCGCUGACUUGAGUUUCGUUGGCGUCAAUCGCCUCCACCAGUGUAAAUUGAAGAAAAGUAGAAAUACUUAAAAGCUUUUAGAAAUUUUGUGAGUUUAUCUCUUACUAACACUCGUAAAUGUCGUGUGAGAGCUCGCUGCAACAUCACCUUCAACUCAUACCAGCACCAAGACAUCAGUGUAAUGACAACAACAACAACAACAUAAGCAAGUUAACGAAAAGUGAAAGUGUGAAUUCUGUUGUGUGCUGAAAUUUUCCAACUUUCAAAAAGCAAAAGAGCAUUAAUUAUAUAUAUGUAUAUGUAUAUUUAUAUAUUUUAUAUAUAUUUUGACGAAACAUAAAAAAAAUCAAAAGAUCUGUGUUUUAUAAAAUUUGGAUAUUUCGAUAACAAAAACUCAUCGUUAGAGCAACAAAAAAUACAAAUUUGAGUGGAAAUUUUUGAAAGAAAUUAACUAAGGUUUUUCAUUAGAAAACAGACAAUUGCGGCAAAUUUAAGCCGCUCAACAGCCUCCAAGCUGGUUGUGGAUUACUAACUUUGCAACAAGCACAUACAUACAAACAAAUCUACUCACAUACUCGCUGUUUUUUUUUCGAAAGCAAUCAUUGCACCAAAAUUCACAGCAAACAGUAUCCAUGGAUAUGGCCGCCAACGAAAUCAUGGCUGCCAAUGAGAUUAUGGCGCCCAAUGUCAAUGCCAAUUGCCAAUAUUCGACGCGAUACUGCUGGGAAGCAGAAAAGGUCAAAACAUUAAUCAGAUUACGUGCGGAACUCUCACCGCUAUUCACAGGCAAACGGAAUGCCUCCAAAUAUGCAUGGGCGGUCGUCGAGCGCAAACUCAAUGUCCCGCUGCCACUUUCGAAGAUCAUCAAAAAAUGGAAUAAUCUACUGCAAGAAUACAAAGCCAUUAAAAUGUCCGAAGAGCCAAAGCGGCGCGAAUGGCCUUUCUUCACACUGAUGGAUGUCUAUUUCAGCGAUCAGGUCAACGAUCCUUCGUUACGUCUCUUUUCCUCUACCAAAACACUCCGCGAGACUAUUGAUGACAGCGUCUUCGAAGAGGACCCCAUUAUUGUAUCCGCCAUAGAGGCAGCUACUUCAGGCGCUUACAUGGACAUUGAUGAGCUGAUACGCCGACAAAAAGAACGUGCCGAAAAGAAAUAUGCUUUGGGUGGCGGUGGCAUUGGCGAUUAUAAAUACGACAUCAAACCGAUGUUGCAGAACAGUAAAUUUAACAGUAACGAUACGCUAAAGCUAUCGAAAAGCGUCGAUGAUUUGAGCAUGCAACAGUACAAAAUAAAAGACGAACUCAUGCGGCAGCACGAACAGGAGCAACAGGAGAAUAUACUUAAGAUCAAGCAGCACGCACGUCAACAACAGCAGCAGGCUCAGCAACAGGUACAGCGUGAGCGGGAGCGUGAACGGCAGCGUGAACAACAAGCUACGCAACAGCAACGUUACUUACAUGCUUCGGCUGGACAACAACAGUUGCCGCCACCACCGUCGCCGCAUGCAGUGCAUCGCCUGCCACAGCAACAGACACCACCACCGGGACUGCAACAUGCCUUGCAGCAGCAACAUCAACAUUUGUUGCAUCAACAUCAACAGCAACAACAGCAACACCAGCUUCUCCAUCAACAACAGCAGCGUCAACAGCAAUUACAACAGCAACAACAACAGCAGCAGCAGCAGCAGCAGCAACAACCACAGCAAUUGUCACCAUCGAUUGUACUGCCACCGCCGCCCACACCACCCACCACAGCCCAACAGAUACACAUACAGACGGCCCAACACCAGGCCACUCAACAACAGUUGCACUUGCAACAACAACACAAUCCGCAGCAUCCACAGCAGCAGCAACAAGGGUACACCGAUCCUAAUACGAUCGAUCAGUACCUUCUCUCGUGGAAUAACUUCCAUGGCAAUAUGUGUCGCGGCUUCCACACGCUACAAAAGGACGAGAAGAUGGUAGACGUAACGAUCGCCGCGGGCGGGAAAAUAUUCAAAGCACACAAACUCGUACUAUCCGUUUGCAGUCCAUACUUUCAACAAAUAUUCCUUGAAAACCCAUCCAGUCACCCUAUACUUUUAAUGGCUGAUGUAGAAGCUCCUCACAUGGCUGGUUUACUGGAUUUUAUGUACAGUGGACAGGUUAAUGUAAAAUAUGAAGACCUUCCUGUUUUCCUGAAAGUAGCUGAAGCAAUGAAGAUCAAAGGACUGCACACCGAGAAAAACAUGAAUGAUGAUAAGGAAAAUGGCUCUUCACAAGAUAGCGACUCUCUGGCAACACCAACUGGUUCUGGCACUCAAUGUCACUUCGACCGUGCCACUCACAGCGUUAACAUAACCGGUCACCCAUAUGUACAAUCCCCAAUACACCCGCAGCAACCGCCCCAACAGCCAUCUGUACCACCGCCACCACAGUCAACCGCUCAGACAGCGCUUGAACAUGGCAUGAACGGCACGGGCGGACCACUUUCGCCAUCGCCAGGGUUUACCAGCUUCCGUGAUCACAUCAAAUCUAAGGCCAGCUUCGCGGAAACCUUUAUGAAAAAUCUAAGUCGCAAUAACAACAAUAACAGCAGCAUUAAUAAUUACAAUAAUUUGAGCAACUCGUUGCCAGAGUCGACCGCAGUUACACGAAAGUCGGAUAAUUUCGCCAUUCUACAAGCGAACAGCAAAAAGAUCUUAGACACAUCGAGGAAGCCACAUAAAUAUCUCGCUAAACGGAAAAUACUGAUGCAUUACAAUGAGGAGCUGAAUGAGAAGCGUAGAAAGGACAUGGAUUGCUACAGCAUUGAGCCAGAUGUUAACAGCAAUUUAGAUGUCACGCUCGUGGAAACUAACAACACGACAUCGGAGACCAUAGGUUUAACACCAACAGUAUCGGUCAGCGCUAUAAGCAACAGCAGCAGCAAUAACUACAAGAUACGACUCAUGGAGAAGCAUCAGAAUGAUACGGCUGCUCAAGAAGCAGCUGCCGCCGCCACUGCCGCCAAUACAGUCACAUCAAAACACAACAACAAUGACGACACAAUCAAUAACAACGAGUCACAUACUACAAAGGAAACCACGCCCUUGGAAGAGGAAUUCACAGAAGCAUUAAAUCUCGUGCAAAAUUGUACCACAACCAGCAGCUCGUACGAUGGUUCGAAGGCCACAACAGACUCGAGCGAGAAAACAAGUUUCAAGGAAAAAACGACCUCUACUAGCGCCGUUACCACGCUUGUGCCUUUAAUUAACAUCAAAGUGGAGCAGCCCGACUCGAGCUACAAUAUGGGAAAUAUGAACAAUAUGAGUAGUGGACUAAGCAGUGGAACUAGUAGCAGCGGCUGCAGCAUUGGUGGACGCAGCAGUACGAGUACAUCAGAUGAGGAUGAGCUGGAGCGCGAGCGUGAACGUGAACGAGAACUGGAACGUGCGUUAGUACGCGAGCGGGAGCAUGAAAGUGAGCGCGAACGUGAACGAGAGCGCACACUUGAACGUGAACGUGAGAGGGAACGCAACCAAUAUCACGCUGAUUAUAAUAAGGAUGAAAUGGAGACAGAUCCCAAUAAUAACAACAGCAAGGACACCGCAAAUUUGAAUAAGAACGUUGCGCUCAUACACGCAAUUACACGUAAUUUGGAACAUCCUAAAAGCGACAACAACAAUAAUCACACGGAACUAGAUUUAAGCAAUACGCAUUUAGGCAGUUUGGGACUGGUAGCCGGCAUUACCGACAAUGAGACUGUCAAGAAUAUAGCGACAGCUGAGAUUUUGUGCGGUCUAAAGAGUAAAGUGUUCAAAAUGGAGAAACUAGACGAGGAUCGUGAGCGGGAACGUGAGAAUUGUCGUAGCUUGAGUGAGAUAAAAAAUGCGGGUGAUUGACAAUUGAGGACGUUGAUACGAAAAGCGCAUUAAGCGGUGGGAUAAUGCAGUCGUGUAAAAGCACAAUAGAAUGACGAAGAAUCAAAAACCGGCGGAAAGAAGACAUACACAUUUUAUUGAAGGGAUUAACAGAUUUCGAAAACCUUCGGUAAGACACCAUUUCGACUUGCAAGGUGUAGCUCAAGCGUCAGUUUUGUUGAUAUGUUGAAGUGCAUUUGUUCAUUAUUUUUAAUAUUUUUGUUAAUUGGUAGUUAUUUAUUUUUUACAUACUCGUACAGACAUACUUACAGGUAUGCGUUCAUACAAUGUUUUCUCCAUUAAUUUAAUAAGUACGCAUGAGUAGGUAGAUUAAGGUACAACUAAUAAGUUUAUGUUAUGUUAGAUAAAACUUAGAUUUAAGCAGCGGAAAUGUUGAUAAAUAAAAAUAUGGGAAUUUACAAUAAGGGAAUGAACAGAGCUGACAGACAUUGACAAAUUAUAUAUUUCCCUGCGUUCGUACUCAAAUGUCAGAGGAAACAACCAAGUCCUUUUGAUCAUAAAAAUUUAUUAAAAGAAUAUCAGCGCAAGAAAAUACACAAUUAUUCGAAUAUUCAUUGAUUUCGAACUUUGACCCUGAGAGAAAAUAAUUUUUGUUAAAAAGCUGAAAAUCCAUUUAAAAGUGUCAAUAUUGGCAGACAAUUUUGCAUAUAUUUUUUUCUCUUUUUGUAUGAUACUUGAAGGCAGAAUUGCUGGUUAAUAAACAAAGAGAUAAAGUAAAACAUUUAAAUUAAAAUGGAAAUAGUAAUUAUUUUACUUUACCUGAUCUACUCGUAAAUUAUGUGAAAAUGUUAAAUUAAAUAUUUUAUAUUACUUUGCUGCAGCUUAACUUGCCAGCUCUAUUUUUAAUACUUAAUAAUACAUUUUAUUGUUUAAUACCAGGGAAACUUUUAAAACAUUAAAGAACUAUAGGAAUUUUAAAGCCUAUUUAAUCCAUAAAAUCCUCAAAAUAUUAACAAGUACUAAUUUAAUACAUUUAAAUAAUACAGUAUAACUUAUUAUGUGUAUGAAUUUCACUUAAACCAUUAAAAUUGCUUACAAAACUGCAUUAGGCAGUGCUAGCGGAGCUUAUGUUAUUAUUUCAGGAAACUAUACUCCGGUUUCACAUAGUUUUUGUUUUUGAAAUUUAUUACAAUAAAAUAUAGUUGUUUGGUAGAUUAAUAAUCAAUGUACUUUUUGGAUGGCACUACUUUUCUUGCAUUUUUAUAAUAAUAAUUAAUAUUUUUUCUUCUCAUUUGCUAUUUAUUGUCUUACGUUAUCAAACACAAAUUAAUUAUUUUCUCGGUAUAUAUUACCAAAAUAAAUGUAGAUUUAAUUAUUUUUAAUAUUAAUUCGCAAGUACUACAUACAUAUUUACGUAAAAAAUUUACAUAAAAACAAAAUUUCAUAAUUUAAAGCAAGCAAACAUGCGAUUAAGUAUUUAUAUGUAUAUGUAUCUAAUGUAUGUAUAACCUCCAUCCCACACGUAUGUAUUUAUAUUAGCAUAGUAAAGUCUAUACAUACAGAUACAAAAUCAUCGCAUUUGAACUCACUGCAUUCACCACAUUGAAUAAGAUAUGUAAUACAAUAUAAAAUUAAAUUUCCGUCCGCUAUAAUACACCACAGUGCCUUUUAAGCUACAGUGGCUCACAACACAAUCAUUGUAUGUCAAGUUAAUGUUGGGCAGAAUGUGCCGAUCGGUUCUUAAAUCGUGUCUUUGUAGUUACGUAUUACUUGUAUACCUUGUCAUUAUCGCAUGUGGCUACACAAUUUUUCUAUUUAUUCCUUGUUGUUAUCUGUAUUUAUGUUAUAUAAAACAAGCAAACGUACAUUCCAACAUGCAUUAUUACUUACAAAUGAUGUACUCAAUUCGUUAAUAAUAGGUUAAUACACAUCGUACAACACCUACAUUCUUUAAUGUAAUCAAAUUAAAUAAAUUACAAACAGUUUCAAAGUGUUAAAAAAUACGUUUAAAAAAUAGUGCGUAAGUUGAUAUUUAUGAAAAAGAAAAAUGAUAAACAAAUAAAGAAUAAAUCUUGUUUUA